UUUUAUGAACCCUUUCCACUUUAGAUCUUUUUCAAAGAAGCCCCCCUAUUCUCCCUUAUUACGGAUCAGUCCUUCCGCAGGGACGACGAAGAAACCUUCCCGGACGAGAGCAAGGCGCCCAUCAGGGCGACCGGCACCACCUCCUGGGGCGUCCGCUUCCGUAUCGCCUUCUCCCUCGCCGAGCCACCGCACGUCUCCCGCCUCUACGCGCAGCUGCCGGUGCCUUGAUUUCUUGAUCGCACGGUGGCGACUCCCUUAAGCAUCGUGGUGACCCACCGCCAUCUCGCCCUAAUUCGCGUCGCCACCCGGACGCCUAGAAUGCUUACGGUGCAGAACUUCUUCAUCUUCGACGCCGAGCAUCCUUCCUCCUCGCUCAAAGCGCUCCCCCCUUGUACCGAGCCCGCCUUUGACUUUACCAAUACCCGCGAUAGUGGCCGGGUACCUCGUCGUCAUUGUCGUCUUCUUCGUGUUCCUGAUGCUACUCCCCGCCUGCUAAAUGUCUUUAACUUGGGCUUCUGGUGCCGAGGCGAACAGUUUGUGGUGGCGGAGCUGACUCUUUUCAAACCCAUCAACCGCGACAAGGUCUUCGCUGACAUCUGCUUGUUGCGCUCAGGUGGAGAUCAACUUGGCGCCACAUGGGAGUCCAUGCGUGUGGAAUUCCUGUCCACCAACGAUCCUGGUGAUGCUGAUCUCUUUCAAAUCUGCUGGUGGUACACCGAGGCCGUCAUCCCCUUCGACAAAUGGCUGUGCUGGAUCGACUACCACCGAGGCAUCCUCUUGUGCGACAUGUCCAAACUUCCCAACCCACCCAUUGUCUCCCUCAUCCGGUUCCCUCUGGACAAGUUGCCUAUCUACGGCAUCCGCAAGGGCACAUCCACCUGUUGCUACCGUUCCGUGUCCGUCGUCGACCGCGGCCGUGCGCUCAAGUAUACUUAUACUCUUAUUACUAUCCGUCGUGGGAAGGGAUCCCCAAGAGGCAUCGGUGCACGCCGGCUUGACACGUGUCUCGGAGAGGACGCCUGA